AUGAUUCAAGAUAAUAUGAAGAGCCCACCAAUUGGCGAAAUGGAUGGCAAUUUUCUCUUCAAUUGGCUCCACAUACUUGCGUAUGACUUCGUCUUAUGGUUCUUUUCCUUAAUUAUCCACACUUACUUUAGAGACAUUGAGUCUAGAGGUGUUCAGUAUAUUCCCAAAACUGGCCCCAUUGUGUUUGUUAUCGCACCUCAUGCCAAUCAAUUUGUAGAUCCACUUGUGGUGAUGACCAAGGUAAAGGAUCAUGCAGAUAGACGUAUCUCGUUUUUGAUUGCCGCCAAGUCAUUUAGACAAAGAUUCAUUGGAUUUGCUGCACAGCUAACUGGAGCUAUUCCUGUCGAAAGAGCACAAGAUAUUUUAAAAGCUGCUACUGGAAAGAUCAAAGUUGAAGAGUUUGACGAAGAAACUGUAAUUACAGGUGAAGGCACUAAAUUCGAAACCGAGUGUAUGGCUAAGGGAUUAAUAGGCUUGCCCAAUUCUUUAGGAAACGCUCAGAUUGACAGAAUUGAAUCAGAUACUAGAUUAAUCUUGAAGAAACCCAUUAAAGUAAACCGUAAAUCACCCUCAGAAAAGGAUGCCAAAGUUAUUAAAAUGCUAGAAGAGGGAACGUCUUUUAAGACUGCUCCUCACAUAGAUAACGAUGUAGUGUUUAGGAAUGUGUUCAAACAUUUAAAUGACGGCAAAGUUUUGGGGAUUUUCCCGGAGGGUGGUAGUCACGAUAGACCAAGUUUAUUGCCAUUGAAGGCCGGUGUUGCAAUUAUGGCACUUGGGGCAGCUGCAACUUCAGAGAACCUGACCAACAUCAAUGUGAUUCCAGUGGGCUUGAACUAUUUCCACCCUCACAAAUUUAGAUCUAGAGCAGUCGUAGAAUUUGGCAAGCCUAUAAUUGUAGACCAUGAAAUGGGUCAAGAAUACUCCCGCAAUUCAAAACAGGCUAUAAGUAAUCUACUUGCAACUAUUACUGCUGGACUAAAUGAGGUCACUGUAACCUGUAAUGACUAUGAUAUAAUGAUGGCGCUUCAGGCAGCAAGAAGACUUUACACUUCAAAUGAUAGGGAAAAUAUUCCAAUUUCAAUGGUUGUCGAAAUGAAUAGAAGACUUGUCAAGGGAUAUGAAAAGUACUCUGAAGAUCCCGAGCUUAUUAGAAUAAAAGAGGAAGUUAGUGCAUACAAUAAGAAAUUAAAACAAAUGGGCCUUCAUGAUUAUCAAGUGGAUGGACUUACAAGUCUGAAUAGAUUGAAGACCUUCGUAAUGUUUGCUGACAGGUUGUUCAAAGUGUUUUUAUUUUUGGGACUACUGCUUCCUGGAGUUUUCUUAUUCCUGCCUGUUUUCAUAGUAGGUAAAAGAAUUUCGAAGAGAAAGGCAAAGGAAGCAUUAGCUGGACUGCUUGUUAAGAUUAAAGCGAAUGAUGUAUUGGCCACAUGGAAGAUUUUGGUUGCAAUGGGACUUGCUCCUGCUUUGUACGUGUUUUAUAGUAUCAUUGGAACUAUUCUCAUAGUCAAGCUGCAAGUAUUAUCAUCAUACUACAUCCCAACUUGGUUUAUAUUUUUAAUUUGUUAUGGUUGGUCCGUAUUGACCACAUACGCAUCGUUAAGAAUAGGUGAAAUAGGGGUAGAUUAUUACAAGUCGCUCAAACCGCUAUUCUAUUCUGUCUUGAGCCACCACUUAGAUGUCAACCAGAUUCAAAAAUUGAAGGAGCAGAGGAAGCAUUUAUCUAAGAGCGUAACUGAUUUCUGUAAUCUGCAUGGUCCUGGUCUCUUUGAUGACUAUGAAAAGUUCUACCGUGAAUACAACAACAUUCAGGAUGAUUAUUAUAGUGAGUCUGAUUCCUCCACGAAGGAGGAAUCUGCCAAAAUUGCAGCGGACAAGGGACCUACAUCAAGUGUUUCCUUUUUCCAGGGAUUAUCCGACUUGGACAAUCUUAAUUUAACUGACAAUUUGGGAGAUGUUCCUAUUUUCUCCAGAAUUAUUGGAGAAGAUGAUUCUUUUGACGAAGAGGGAGAAGAAGAGAGCGCUGAGGAAACUGAAGAUCAUGAGAAGGUGCCUGAUAAGGAAGCAGAGAAUAAAGAGCAAACUAACUCGAAGGAUUCGCAUGUAAGACAGAGAAGGACCAAAGCGGACAACUGA